AUGAAAGCCUCUACAGUUUUUUUCCCGCUCGCUUUCCUACUAGGCAGUGCUCUAGGGGUGGAUAUGAGCAAAUAUGAAGCGGAAGAGGGCGUUGACGCCUCGUUCCAGCCAUUCCUUGAAGCUUUGUACGCAUCCGCGGAGGACUACAAGGCCACGGACACGUUCACAGACUUUUUUGUCCCUGAGACGGGCCGCCUCGUUGUGCUCGAGAACGAUGCGCAGGGACCCGACGCAAUUGUCAGGCUCAAGCAAGCGCUGCUCCCAACGACUGGCGUGAAACACUGGAACCACUUGCCCAACAUUACAUCAGUGUAUUCCGAAACUGCCGCAGAGAAGGUUUACAAGGUGCUUGGUCUUAUUCAGACAAGAUUCGACGAUGGCAACUGUUCUGCCGCAUAG